AUGUUCACUGGCGGGGUAAAUUGGUGGCCACAUUUGCUAUCAUUAUUAAAUUGGAUUGUAAACCAACUCAAAUGUACGUCACAGUCUGAGGAAAUAAGGGACUUACUAUCCUCCUCCGUGAGCGAAUAAAUCCAUUAGAAAAAUCUAUUUUUUUGGUAAAAUCCACCCUCCGUGAGCGAUUUUUUUUUUUGAUAUAUAAAUGAUGAUUAGUUUCAUGAAAUUUCUAGCUAAUUCUGUUUAAUUUUAAAAAAAUCCCUUUAAAAUAUAAAUUUUAAACUAAAUUAAUUUUUAAUUUCAAUUUUUUACAAAUUUUUUAAAUUUUGAAGAAAAAAAAUUAACCCCCUUUAUGAGCGAACAAAAUUUUUUUUGUUCGCUCACAUUGGAGAGAGGAGUUAGGUGAUUUUGAUGAAUUCUUUACUGAUUUUUGCUAUCGAGACUAUGAUCGAUUUUUGAACGAUGAAUUAAGAUUGGAUUUUGCAAUAGAGUGAACUGAGUUGCAAGAAGAAAGCUCAAGAAAUUAUAACAAAAGAAGAUUAGCAUAUGAGGCGAAAAUUAAGGACUUAGAAAGAGAGUUCCAAAGCAAUUAUGACGUGAUUUUAAAGCAAAGGGAAGCGGAAUUGCAAAACUCUGAAAAAUCGUUUGACCUUGAGCUAAAACAAUUUGGAAAUGAAGGAGAAAAAAAGAGAAAAUUGGAAACUAAAAUUAAAAAUAGUUGGUAUGCCUUGGAAAGGAAAUUAAUGUCGCCAGCAGUUGAUGAAUUAGUUUGCAGCAAUUUAAACAAAAUCCAAUUAGAAUAUGAAAAUAAGUAUAAAACUCUGUCCGAACAAAAUGAAAUUGUUUAUCAAGAGCUCCAAAAAAAGCAAGAAGAAUUGGCAAAGCUCAAAAAUAUUGAACUUACUUACUUACUUACUUAAUUAUCUGGUGUUUAAGGUGUCUAGUGCCGCAGUCCAAAAGGGCCUAUGGCAAAACUGAUGACGUAGGCGAGCCAUCUUUGGCACGGGUCAGCCCCGUCCAAGCCUUCUAUCAACUCCUGCUUCACCGGCCUUGCUGCACGUCUCACCCGGCGCGUUGCCGUCGCCCUUGUCGCUCGACUCAGCUCCUGCGCGUGUUCCGCCUAAGGGUCAUCCUCCCGUGGGGAUGCGCUGAGAGGUAAAAGCCCGAGAUCUUGAGUGGACUGAGGAGUGGUUCCUUUGGUGAUCCCCAAAGUUAAACCGCUAUUGCUGUCCAGAAGUUCGCGAGUGAAAACCUAACCCUAAUAAUAAAAUUCCAUGAGGGAGAGAAAAUUAGCAAAGCUAAUUUCUCUCGAACCGAAUGCCAUUUUAUUAUUCCAAAAAUAUUGAACAAUUAGAUUCGAUAAAAUUAGGGAAAGAGUGUGAAAAUGUUCAAGAAGAAAUUGAUUUACUGAGAAGGGAAUUUAUUAUAUCACAAGAAGAAAUCGAAGUUAUUGAUGAUGAAAUAGGAAAUUUGAAAAACAAAAUAAAAGAGAAUGAAAGAGAAAGUAAGACAGAAAUAAUGAAAAUUAAAGGCUUGAUAAAAAAUGAUAUUCAAUUCAUAAUAAAGCAUGCUAAAAUUAUCCGACAAUGACUGGAAGACGCUCAAUAA